AUGCCCUCAGUUCUCCUGUCACAGCACAGCUUCUUGCAGCUGUCUCUCCCCCCCACGUGGCCUCAAUGCCGUCCAAUUGAGUUCGGCCCGACAUCAGCCGACGCUGCUUCUCCCGCCUUCCCCCAACCAAAGCCGGCCCAGCCAAUCACCGGCCGCGGCUGCGCCCAAAACAUUUUCCCUCUCUCCAAACCUCCAAACUGGAGAACGAACCUCUUCCCUUUUGGCCUGAUCCUAUCAGCACACCGCAAUUGCUCCAGCCUCUUCCCUCUC